GCCACGCCGCGCCCCGCAGGGUCCUGCCCGCGCCCGUUCCGCCGCCGGAGCUGCGGGCAGGCGUCAUGUAGCAGGGUAGCAGCAGCAAAGCCACCUCGUAUUUGCAACUCUUUUAUUUUUGGACGGGCGGAGUGGGGUUUGGGGGGGGGGUGGCGAGGCGAAAUUAUAUCUCCGCCCCGUUUUCUUGCCCACUCUGAUCCGCAAGCUGCAUUUGCCUCUCUCAAAACAUCGAGGGGUUGGGGCAGGGCGGGGGCCUCACAUCGGAGCUGGACCCGCAGUCCCCCGCACCUGGAGCGCGACCAUGAGCGAGGAGAGCGCCGACGUCCCCCGGGAGCUGAUAGAAAGCAUAAAGGAUGUUAUUGGCAGAAAGAUAAAAAUCGCAGUGAAGAAGAAAGUCAAGUUGGAAGUGAAGGGAGACAAAGUUGAAAACCGAGUGCUGGUGCUCACGUCAUGCCGUGCCUUCCUGUUGACCACGCGCAUCCCCACCAAGCUCGAGUUAACCUUCAGCUACUUGGAGAUUCAAGGUGUUAUUUGCAACAAGCCUGCUCAGAUGGUGGUGGAGACGGAGAAGUGCACCAUCUCCCUGAAGACGGCGUCGCCGGAGGACGUGAGUGACGUGCUGGCGCACGUGGGCACCUGCCUACGGAGGAUAUUCCCCGGCCUCUCUCCUGUGAGAAUCAUGAAGAAGGUGUGCAUGGAGCCAGCCGAGCGCCUGGCCAGUCUCCAGGCGCUGUGGGACAGCCAGACGGUGGCGGAGCAGGGCCCCUGCGGUGGAUUUUCUCAGAUGUACGCCUGUGUUUGUGACUGGCUUGGGUUUGCGUACAGGGAAGAAGUGCAGUGGGAUGUGGACACGAUCUAUCUGACACAAGACACCAGGGAAUUGAAUAUACAGGACUUCAGUCAUCUCGACCACAGAGACCUAAUACCCAUCGUCGCCGCUCUGGAGUACAACCAGUGGUUCACCAAGCUGUCCUCCAGGGAUCUGAAACUCUCCGCUGAUGUCUGCGAACAGAUCUUGAGGGUGGUGAGCAGAUCCAAUCGACUGGAAGAAUUGGUGUUGGAAAAUGCUGGACUUAGAACAGAUUUUGCACAGAAACUGGCCAGUGCUCUAGCGCAUAAUCCCAACUCAGGACUGCACACGAUUAACCUUGCUGGCAACCCCCUGGAGGACAGAGGUGUGUCCUCUUUAAGUAUUCAAUUUGCCAAACUUCCCAAGGGAUUAAAGCAUUUAAAUUUAUCUAAGACCUCAUUAUCACCUAAAGGGGUGAACAGCCUCUGCCAGUCACUCAGUGCCAACCCCUCGACGGCCUCCAGCCUCAGCCACCUCGACCUCUCAGGGAAUGUCCUGCGCGGAGACGACCUCUCGCACAUGUAUAAUUUUUUGGCUCAGCCAAAUGCCAUCACUCAUCUGGACUUAUCCAAUACGGAAUGUUCUCUGGACAUGGUCUGUGGAGCUCUUCUCCGUGGAUGCCUUCAAUAUUUAGCUGUCCUCAAUCUCUCCAGAGCCGUCUUCUCUCACCGGAAAGGAAAAGAAGUGCCCCCCUCAUUCAAGCAGUUUUUCAGCAGCUCUCUGGCUUUGGUUCAGAUCAACCUUUCUGGCACCAAAUUGUCUCCUGAGCCCUUAAAAGCUCUGUUGUUGGGCCUGGCUUGUAAUCACAGCCUGAAGGGGGUUUCUCUUGAUCUCAGCAAUUGUGAGCUGAGGUCAGGAGGUGCUCAGGUCUUAGAAGGCUGCAUUGCUGAAAUCCACAAUAUCACCAGCUUAGACAUCUCUGACAAUGGUUUAGAAUCUGACCUAUCUACCUUAAUAGUGUGGCUCAGUAAAAACAGAUCAAUACAACACCUGGCCUUAGGCAAAAAUUUUAAUAAUAUGAAAUCCAAAAAUCUGACACCUGUAUUGGACAACUUAGUACAGAUGAUUCAAGAUGAAGAAUCACCUCUGCAGUCCUUGUCCUUGGCCGACUCGAAACUCAAGACCGAGGUCAGCAUUGUCAUCAAUGCCCUGGGCAGCAACACCUCCCUGACCAAAGUGGACAUCAGUGGGAAUGCAAUGGGAGACAUGGGGGCGAAGAUGCUGGCGAAAGCCCUGCAGAUCAACACCAAACUCAGGACUGUCAUCUGGGACAAGAACAACAUCAGUGCACAAGGCUUUCAAGAUAUAGCUGUUGCUAUGGAAAAGAACUACACACUGAGGUUUAUGCCCAUUCCCGUGUGCGACGCUUCUCAAGCCCUGAAAGCAAACCCCGAAAAGACAGAAGAAGCUCUGCAGAAGAUAGAAAAUUAUCUGCUACGGAACCAUGAGACAAGAAAAUACCUUCAGGAGCAGGCCUACCGCCUACAGCAGGGCAUUGUCACCAGCACCACCCAGCAGAUGAUUGACAGAAUAUGUGUGAAAGUACAAGAUCACCUCAACUCCUUACGAAACUGUGGGGGAGAGGCCAUCCAGGAAGACUUGAAAUCGGCAGAGCGGCUCAUGCGUGAUGCUAAGAACUCCAAGACGUUGUUACCAAAUUUAUACCAUGUUGGUGGUGCGUCCUGGGCAGGAGCCAGUGGCUUGUCAUCCAGUCCAAUUCAGGAGACCCUGGAAUCAAUGGCUGGAGAAGUCACGAGAGUUGUAGAUGAACAACUAAAGGCUGCGCUGGAAUCCAUGGUCGACGCUGCCGAGAGCCUUUGUCCCAAUGUGAUGAAGAAAGCGCACAUCCGACAAGACCUCAUUCACGCCGGCACCGAGAAGAUUUCCAUCCCACGCACCUUUGUGAAAAAUGUCCUGUUGGAGCAGUCUGGGAUUGAUAUCCUUAACAAAAUUAGUGAAGUGAAGCUGACUGUGGCCUCCUUCCUGUCUGAUCGAAUUGUGGACGAAAUCCUGGAUGCACUCUCACAUUGCCAUCAUAAACUGGCUGACCACUUCAGCAGGCGUGGCCACGCCCUGUCCCCGCAGGACUCCUAUGAGAUGGAGGUGGCCGAGGAGAAGCCUGCGAAGCGCUCCCUGCUCACCAUGGAGGACCUCACGGAGGUGGAGCGCCUGGAAGACCUGGAUACCUGUAUGAUGACUCCUAAAUCCAAGAGGAAGAGCAUCCACAGCCGAAUGCUGCGGCCCGUGUCCAGGGCCUUCGAGAUGGAGUUUGAUCUGGAUAAAGCCCUGGAAGAGGUGCCCAUCCACAUCGAAGACCCGCCUUUCCCGUGCGUCAGACCCGAGAAGCGAAGCUCAGGGUUCAUCUCCGAGUUGCCCUCCGAGGAGGGGAAGAAACUGGAGCACUUUACCAAGUUACGGCCAAAACGGAACAAGAAGCAGCAGCCCAGCCAAGCCGCGGUCUGUGCUGCCAGUGUGAUCCCCCAAGAUGGUGAACAGAACGGUCUGAUGGGGAGAGUAGAUGAAGGUGUAGACGAAUUUUUCACCAAAAAGGUGACCAAAAUGGAUUCCAAGAGGUGCUCCAGCAGGGGGUCGGAGUCCCAGGAGCUUGGUGACGGAGAUGAGAAGAAAAAGCGAGAUUCUCGAAAAAGCGGCUUUCUCAACCUAAUCAAAUCCCGGUCCCGAUCUGAGCGGCCGCCCGCGGCGCUGAUGGCGGAGGAACCCUGCUCUCCGAAGGGCGCGAGCCGCAGCGCGGCAGGGGACCUUCCUAGGAAGGACGCCAGGGCGGCGGAACACAACGGCACGGCUGAGCGCACCGAGGAGAUCAAAACCCCCGACUCGCUGGAGGAGAGUCAGGGGGAGGAGACGCCGAAGGCGGACCGCAGCGACAGCAGGGGCAGCCCGCAGGGCGGCCGGAGGUACGGCGUGCAGGUGAUGGGCAGCGGGCUGCUGGCCGAGAUGAAAGCUAAGCAGGAGAGGCGAGCUGCUAGCGCGCAGAAGAAGCUGGGAAACGACGCCUUCUCCCAGGAUGCUUGCAGUCCAGCCCUGAGCAGCUCGGAGCAGCGGGCAGAUGGAGGUGGGGCAGUGGCUAAACCGCACCCAGGUCUUGCAGAGAACCGCUUCAGUUUGGGAACUCCGGAGAAGAACAGCAAAGCCGACCCCCGGGCGGAGGUGGGCACGAGGUCUCGCAGCCUGUCCAGCACGCCAACCAGCCCCAAGCCCCUGCUGCAGUCGCCGAAGCCUAGCCUGGCCGCGCGGCCCACCAUCCCACAGAAACCCAGGAGCUCCUCGAGGCCUGAGGACCUCCCAGACUCUCCAUCCGGCCCUAGCUCCCCUAAAGUGGCUCUUCUUCCGCCUAUCCUGAAAAAAGUUCCUUCCGACAAGGAGCGAGACGGCCAGGGCAGCCCCCAGCCCAGUCCCAGGACAUUUUCCCAGGAAGUAGUGCAAAGAGGAGAUUAUUACAAAAGGCAUUCAGAUCAUGGCAGUGGCAAGCCUUCCAGUGGAGGGAAAAGAGCUGCAGAACUGUACCCCGCCAUUGCAGAAGAGGAAGUGACUGCAAUUGGGCACAGGAAGUCACAGCCAACAAAUGUGUCAAGGAGAAGCUGGGGCCAGCAGCCCCAGGAGCAGCAGGAACAGAAGCAGCGGCCCUCCAGCCGAGACGGGCAUCACGGCAGCAAAUCCAGCGACUCCGGAGAAGAAGCAGAGAAAGAGUUUAUCUUCGUGUAAAGGCCGCCCUGCCGUGGUGUUGCCGCAGACGGGGACAGAGCAACACCCCUUAGUCCCAGACGCUCUCUUUGGUGCUUGAUGUCUCCUUUCCUUCCUGCCACCCCCCGCCUCUUUUUGAAUAUAGAAACAGAUUCGUUUCUUGGUAAUCAAAGCACAUUUGUUUGGUCUUUAUCCAACCCUUGACAUUUGAUAACUUGAUUUCUAAACAUUCCUUCUUAUGCCUUCAAUGAAAGCCAGCGAUGAUUCCAUGGGCCCUACUUGAAUUUCUCCGAGGCAGCUACCGAUGGCCCCACAAGGAUGGGUUUUUGGAGGUAAACGACCUAACUGGACACACACAAGGGACAGCGUGCAGCCGACUGGGGAGCUGCUGAGUGUGCUUGUGUCGGAGCUGCACACAACUCGAUAUAGCAAUUUAUUCUUGAUGUAUGCAAUUGCACAUUGUAAUUAUAUUAACAGAGCACACUAAUGAAUAAUUUGUAUAAAUUAUAUAUAUUAGAUCUUGGGUAUGGUUUUUACAUUCUCCCAUGGGGAACUUCCUCCUUCCUGAUGUGGAAUUGUACAUCUAAAGCUUGGUUGGUGACCUCUGCAUACCAUCAACAAGCACAGCUGAGAUUGGAGUGAGAGGCCCGCGGCUGCUUCUCCCACGUGCCCAGAUUACUGUAUAUAGUUGAUUGGAAUGAGGUUUUAUGAAUAUUCAUGUUUUUGGAGGCCUUUAAUUUCUGUCUGCAUAUUAGCUUUUAAUGUGUGAUUUUAAGAGAGAAUACUUUGACACCUGUAAAAAAAAAAAUCAAAAUACUACUCUUUAUAAGACAUUUCACAAAUAUUCACUUACAUUACAAACGGAAGGUAUUUUAUUCAUAUGUAUAUUUAUACCAAUAAAAUGAUUUUACA